AUGUCCCCCACUGUAUAUCUCGUUUCCGGGACCAACCGUGGCAUUGGCCUUGGAUACGUAACGGCUCUUGCAGCCCGAGAGAACGUCGUCGUCUUCGCUGGUGCCCGAAACCCCAGUGCAGCGACAGAGCUGAGCGAGCUAUCGGCGAAGCACCCAAAGAACGUCUUUGUUGUGCAACUAGACGUGACCAGCAAGGCGAGCGCUGAGGCUGCGGUGGCUGCGGUGAAAGACAAAGCUGGCAGGCUGGACGUUGUGAUAUCCAAUGCCGGCAUCAGUGAUUGGUAUGGCCUCGCACACGAAGCACCCGAAGAGGAAAUGCGGAAACACUACGAGGUCAAUCUCCUUGGCCCGCUGUUCCUCUUCCAAUCUUCUUGGGCUCUCCUAAAAGCAAGCUCCUCCACGCCCAAAUUCAUAAUCAUGACCACUCGUGCAGGCAGCAUCGGCUACGGUACUCAGUUACCAUUGAACAUGAUCCCCUACGGCACGUCCAAAGCUGCGUCCAACUUCCUCGCGAGGAAGCUGCACUUUGAAUACGCGGAAGGUGGACUCAUCGUCUUCCCCAUUUGCCCCGGCGCAGUAUUGACUGAUCUGACGAAAUACGCAAUGUCAUGUGAACCACGCAUCCGCGGCGCGCCGUAUAAACCAGUCGACGAGACCGUCGUCCAGCUGCUCUCGAUCAUCGACAAUGCGACACGCGAGGGAGAGGGUGGGCAACAUUUGGGUCUCGACACCGAAGACGGACGCCUGCCAUGGUAG